AUGGAAAAAGAUAGCAGCAUGACGGAAGUAGGAAACAUCCGAAGAGAAGAUUCGAAAGCCAAAUUACCACCGGAGUUACGGAUCAUAAUCUGGAAGAACUUGGUUGAGGUUGUCCCGCGCAUUGUUUGCAUACGUUGGGUAUCAUACUCCCACCAGAAACAAGUAUAUAGCGGUGCCAAAACAUUCGAAAGUAUAAACUCCUACGUCCAUCCAACAUCGCUAAACAUAAGUCCGGAGAGCCGUCAAGUAACAAGUCACUGUUACGAACAAAUACUCCCAGAUCUUGAAAUGCAGGGAAUUAGGUACUUUGAGCCCUCAACUCGAACUAUAAAUCGCAGAGCAGACAAUCCACCAAUAAGAUUCAACUUUGAGGUUGAUACCCUAACAUUCUGUCCUGAAGUCAUAAGUACUGAAACGCAUGACCCUCUCCCGGGAGAAGAUGAGGCGGGGAUAGAAGCUAGACGGAAAGACACGGUCAUAAAACACAUGGGACCAGCUGAGUGUUUCGAGCACUUCAGGAAGCUGUUAAAAGUGCCAGAGAACAAUCUUGCAAAAGUCCAAUUUCUCGCAAUCGGCAAUUUUAGUUGUGCAAUCCACGACUACGGCGGAGAUUACAGCGUUAGGACUUACAAGGCCGGUUACAUUAGUUGGUUCAGUGUAGACUCUGCGUUCGAAAAUCUCAAACGGUUAAUUCUUGUGGUUUCGCCGUGGAUUUGGAAAAAGCUUCCCAGCGAGUUCUUGGAUCUCAGUAGAAUUCAAAACCAGGAGGAUGUUAGAGAGAGAAUAACUCGCAGGUAUCGUCUACUGGAUAAAACUCAGCCUAAUUGCAAGAUCCCAGAGAUCGUUUUCGUCAUGGAAGAUGAUCCAACAGCACCUCGCUAUUAUAAGGUCCACACUCGGUGGAAUCACUGA